GGAAGAAGCGGAGAGGAUGGAGAAGACCGCGGCUCACCAUCAGCGGACCCCCGCCGCCAUUCCUCACCGUUCGGGCGAAUAGCAUCACCGAACGCGGCAGGCUCGCCUCCCAUCCGCCUCCCCCCCGCUCCUUCCCAGACCCGCCCCCCUCCUUGAGCCGACCUCGCCGUGCACGCGCGUGGUCCUCCCCUCCACCACCAGCACCGCCACCCCUCCCAUCACUAGGUCGAGGCGAGGAGGAGGAGGAGGAGGAAGAGGAGGAGGAGGAGGGAUGAGGCGCGCGGCGGAGGGGAAAUGGCUGCCGAAAACAAGCCGGAAGGACUGAAGAAGAUAAGAAACCCAGAGCGAAUGGUCAGGAUUGCUGUUGGUUACACAGGACACACCCCUCCUAAGAGUGACGAAUCAGACGCCAACAAUGAGCCAGGCCAGCUAAAGAUCUACCUUCCCAAGAAGCUGCUCGAGUGUCUACCCAAAUGUUCCUCUCUGCCCAAGGAGCGCCAUCGCUGGAACACCAACGAGGAGAUUGCUGCGUAUCUCAUCACUUUUGAGAAACACGAUGAGUGGCUGACGACAUCGCCAAAAACCAGGCCUCAGAAUGGCUCUAUGAUCCUCUACAACCGUAAAAAGGUGAAGUACAGGAAAGAUGGCUACUGCUGGAAGAAGAGGAAAGACGGGAAGACCACCCGAGAGGAUCACAUGAAGCUUAAAGUCCAGGGGGUAGAGUGUCUGUAUGGCUGCUACGUCCACUCCUCCAUCAUCCCCACCUUCCAUCGUAGAUGCUAUUGGCUGCUGCAGAACCCGGACAUUGUGCUGGUGCACUACCUGAACGUGCCGGCAGUGGAUGACAGUGGGAAGCCGUGCGGUCCGGUCCUCUGCUCCAUCAACACGGACAGGAAAGAGUGGGCCAAGUGGAGCAAAGAGGAGCUCAUUGGACAGCUCAAACCUAUGUGUGCUGGAAGCAGCCUGCAUCAGAAGUGUUCCAGUGUGAAGCAGCGUAUCAUCUCAUCCAAACAGGAGUCCGGAGCAGGAGGAGGGACAGCAGUAGGAACCAGCGUAGCAGCAGGCCAGAGAGCUGAGGAAGCAGAUGGCACGGAGGUCCAGAACAGUGAUGUAUCGGAGGGCCAGACUGAGCCCAAUCCUGGCGGGGGACGGAGUCGGGCAGGUGGAGGCAAGAGGAGGAAUGGCAGGAUAACCAAACCUUCCCUUCUCCCACAGAGCAGCAUGGAGGUGUCUUCUUCCACCUCGACCAACCAGGUGGAGGUACCCGACACCACCCAGAGCUCCCCUCUGUCUAUUGCCAGCGACAUGGCUGACAGCCCAGCUCUUGCCAUCGGCACUGGCUUGUCACAAAGCACUGCUGUGUUCAUGUCUGAGGUCACCACUCUAACUGGCGAUUCGGUAUACUCGGCCGGCCACACCCACCUGUUGGCUUCGACCCACGAGAGUACCACCACGGGCAUCCUGUUGGCUGUCGCCCCUGACAACCAGAGGUUUGCAUCGUUCAGUGGAGGGGUGGGGUUAGGGGAAGGAGGAGAGUUGGUUCUAUCCAGUUCUUUGGACUCUGGAGUUGGAGUCAGCCUUCCUGAGACCACCAUGACCUUUGACCCCGACUGCUUCCUCAACAAUCCCAAGCAGGGCCAGACGUACGGGGGAGGCGGAGGGAAGACGGAGGGAUGCAACGGUGACGAUGGGGGACUCCACUGCUCCACUAACGGCUUCGUUUACAACCCGGCCCUCGUCAACAACAUCAAGACAGAGGCCACGCCACUGGAGCAGCCGCUGUCAACCCAGAGCAGCUACGUGGGAGAAGGAACCGGCCUUAGCCCCAGCACCACCCUGGAGCAGAUGGACUUCAGUGCUGUCAUGUCAUCGGCCUGCGUCUCAAGUCUGAAUCAGCCAUCACACCACCCCUCCCCGGGCCUCUUCCUUCAGGCCUCCCCCCAGACAACCCAGCCCUCUCAACUGCAGGUCAACGGCACCAAGGCAACCCAGGAAUCCAGCGAAACGCGGGCCUACAUCGGCCUCCCCCCGAUGGUCACUGACUCUCCUGUCACCAACGGAGAACCACAUGCACACCUCCACCAAGUGAGCACAGACCAACAGGCACUGUGUGCGAGGAAUGGGCAAGCAGCAGCAGUCGGGUCGUUUCCCCUGACAACGCAAGACGUCGAGCAACCAGACAGCAGGAGCCACCAGGAGGUCGCAGCCUUAGAGAAACCGACAGAAAACGGAGAAGAUUUGCUCCUCAAGCCUGGGGAUCCCCACGAGACCUAUGCGAGUGUUGACGCCAAGCAUUUUCUCCAGCCCACAGAUGACACUGGAGGGGGGGACGAAGGCGGAGGGGGCAAAGGAGGAACGGAAAACGAAAUUAUAUGUAACGGCGUGAGCAUUUCAGGUGCCAGUAGCUCAAUGGUGGCCAGUCCUCAGUCGAUAGGUGUAGGUGCUAACAUCGAAGGUGCUCUUUACAGCUCUCCGCUUCCUCAGCAAGGUGCAGGGGUACCGGCAGUGACAGCCGGGGCCGGGGCGGCUAUCAGUCUGGAAGGGUUCGAAGCGUCAUUUGGAAGCCAGUUCUCCGAUCUUAUCAACGACUUCAUCUCCGUGGAGGGGUCCGGGGGAGGGGUGGCGGCAGCCGUCUCUGGGGUCCUGAUGCCCCAGGAUGGCGCGGCAGGAGAGGAACACAGCACCGCGGCCGGUCACCUGCAGGCAUCCGAGGUGGAGCAGGGGGCACUGGGACUGCUCCAGGAAACUGGCAGGCUAUUCGGCGUGACGGACUACUCCCCAGAGUGGUCUUAUCCAGAGGGAGGAGUAAAGGUAUUGAUCACUGGUCCAUGGUUGGAGUCCAGCAGUGAAUACAGCUGCCUCUUCGACCACAUCAGUGUCCCAGCUGCCCUCAUCCAGCCCGGGGUCCUGCGCUGCUACUGCCCAGCUCAUGACACAGGACUGGUGAUGCUGCAGGUGGCCAUGGGUGGCGAGGUCAUCUCUUCUUCUGUGGUGUUUGAAUAUAAGGCGCGCGACCUACCAGCACUGCCAUCUUCUCAGCACGACUGGCUGUCCCUGGAUGACACCCAAUUCAGGAUGUCCAUUCUGGAGCGUUUGGAGCAAAUGGAGCAAAGGAUGGCUGAAAUAACCAAUCAGACCCCUGGCUCAGAAGCCAUGGCAACCAAGGGUGGAGGAGUGGAGGGGGGAGGAGCCAAUGAUCAGCGGUCUCAAAGCUCCCCUGAUCAGAGCACAUUUGAGGGUCGUGUGGUGGUGGUGUGCGAGAAGAUGAUGUCCCAGCCCUGUUGGACUUCUUCAAACCAGCUCGUCCACAGCACGAACUCCAGAGGAAUGACGCUACUGCAUCUGGCCGCAGCUCAGGGUUACGCGGGGCUCAUCCAAACACUCAUCCGCUGGCGCACAAAGCAUGCCGACAGCAUUGACCUGGAACUGGAAGUGGAUCCUCUUAACGUCGACCACUUCUCCUGCACGCCACUUAUGUGGGCGUGUGCUUUGGGCCACACUGAGGCGGCACUGGUUCUGUACCAGUGGGAUCCAAGAGCUCUUGUCAUUCCUGACUCUCUGGGUCGCCUGCCGCUGAAUAUCGCCCGGUCCCGUGGUCACACUCGAUUGGCCGAGCUCUUGGAGCAGCUGCAGCAGAGUCCUCAAACGAAGGGCCAGCCUGCGGACAGUUGGACGGAGAAGUGGAAAGGAGGAUCGCAGAACAGAGGAAUCAACAACAGCUCCAGCUCCAACACCAACCCAACCCCAGAGGUGAGAAGAAACAGAACAGAGAGCCAACCAUUAAACCAGAGCUGGAGCCAAACUGGUCAAACGCCCCAACCAGGAGCCAACGUGGAACAAGGAGGUCCGCCCCCAGCCAAGCGUCUCAAAUCUAACCCCACGAGCCAACAACAGCUCGCCAACUCGGCCCCCGGCGCCAACACCAUCAGCUCCCUCCUCGACUCUUCCCCGAGGCCUAAUCCUCUCCAAUCCGUCUUACCCAAGUCCCAAAAAACUGAGCUCAGCUACCAGAGAGCACCUCUUGCCAGCUCCACCCCGGACCGGCCUCGGUUCCCCGGUGCCCCGUUCUCUCACCUGCAGGCCAGGAUAAGGAGGUCUGAGGGGGGCAACGUGUGGAGCCUGAGACGGUCUCUUGGGCAAAACAGUCUGGUCCGGAGAAUUCAAGGAAAAGAACGGUUGGCCAUCCAUCUGCGGCAGAGAGUGCUGUCCGACAGGGGAGAGGAGACUGAGCUGCUGACCUACCAGGAUCACUCAGAUGACUUGCAGGUGGAUAUCACGAUGCUUGCUGAUCACAUUAUGGAUGUUUCUGCUGGAAGGCUUAAGCAGACCACAGUCACUGAAACAGAUUCUGCAAAGGUUGGCAUCAGCAGUGACGUAAAGUCAUUGUCUGGUUACCUUGAUGAGGUGGAAAGGUUUCUAAAAUCUAAGCCCCAGGCUACAAGCCCCAAACCAAAUUCACUCUCAGGGCUGGAGGAGCAGCCGACUCCUCAUGCAAACCAAGCACCCUCGUCUCCCUUUGACUGGAGCUCCUUCCUCUGUGCAGCUAUGAAGGAGGAGAAGUUGAAAACAAGCUCCUCCUGUCUAGCCAUGACUGAGUCAGAGCAGCAAGAGCUGUACGAAACCAUCAGGCGUGCUCUGCACUCCCUCAGAAAACACAAGGGUCCCAUUCAGGAACAACACAAAGAGAUUGCAGCAGUGAUUCAACGCUGCUACAAGAGAUACAAGCAGUAUGCACUUUAUAAGAGGAUGACUUUGGCAGCCAUCCUGAUCCAGAGUCGUUUCCGGAGUUUCCACGAACAGAGGAAGUUCCAGCAGAGUCGUAGGGCAGCAGUCCUCAUCCAGCAAUACUACCGCUCCUACAAGCACUCCCUCAGCAGCAUCCUAACUAAAAAACAGAACCAGGCUGCUCGCAAGAUCCUGAGGUUCCUGCUCCGCUGCCGCCACAGCCCCUUGAUGGACCACAGGCCUCUGAAACAGGGCCAGAGAGCAGAGAAAGGCCAGGGGUCCUGAGAAUGCAUCACCAGGCCCUGCACACAGCCCCAUCAGCCUGUGAUCAAUCUACCCUCCUCCCCUCUUCUUCCCCCCAAUCCAUCUCUCCUGCCCCACCCCCAUCCCUCUCCUUUUCCAUUGCCCUCUCCUUGUCGCCUCUUUUCUCCUCCUUGCUCUCAACCUCCCUGGCCUCAUUUCUCAAGAGGAAAAAAAAAAAAAAACUCUUCCCAGACAGACUGAGGACAGGAUAGGUGUCCAUCAUGGCAGCUCAGACAGACAUACUGCUGGGCAGAGCCCCAGAACCAGGCUCUGCUCACAGCACUGAUCCUCCUCCAGUUUAACUGGGAGGCCAUCACAUUAACCUCAUGGCAUUCUUUGCACUCCUCAUGGGUAUGUUUCUUUGCAAGAGCAAGUUGUCGAGCGGGACUAGCAGUUCAAAGGAAAAACAAAAAACAAAAAAAACAACAAAAAAAAAAAGAGGAAGUGCCUGACGACAACAUCCUGCUGUUUGAGACAAGUGGCUGGAUGUGCUGAAGAGGCUCCGACGGGGAACAGCUGGCUAGCGAAAGAGGCAACUUUGACAUGCAGAAAACACAAAACCCCGCUGUGUUCUUUUGUAUCUAAACAGAGAUCUGUGAAAGAAUAAGAAAACCAUAAACCAAAAAAAACUCACUUCUGUGUUGCAUUUGCAUGCAAGGAUUCCCCCCUCCCCCGCUUAUUCCUCCUCUAUAUCAUCCUACAGAGCUACAGUGGCAAAUCAUUCUGCUGAUUCAGUAUCUCACAGUAUCACC